CUCAGCGCUGCCCACGAUCUGGCCCGCCGGGUUGUACACAUGGCACCGCAGGACAGUGCUGCCCACAUCCACCGCCAGGACCAGCCGCUCGCGGUAUCCAUUCCUGGCAGAGCCCAUGCUCAGGACUGCGGACAGCCAGGAGUGGGCGUGGCCUGCCCCGGGAAUGCCAUGUUUACUGAGGAAGGGCUGGCCGGGGAGGAGCUCAUGGCGUUGGCUGAGGCUGUUGCUCACCGUAGGAGGAUAAAUGGCUGCUGGGAUUCCGCCAUCUUUACUGAGGGCAAUGUGAAUGGCUGACACCCGUUACUGCACACUCACAGGACGUGGAACAAUGAGACCGCGAUCACAUUAAUACAGUCCGUUAAUAUGGGGGGGGGGGAGCUACUUGUAGUGAUGUCGGUGACCCCCUUGGUUUCUCUCAUUCACAGGUACUGACCCUGCCAUUACUGCAUACAGUAUAUGAUAUCUAUGACUCACAGCAAACACAUGUUUUAGGAGUUUAUUCACUAAACAGUAAGUGGGGUAAAAGUGUACUUUAGCGUAUUUUAUUAUUUUUCAUUUUUACUCAAAGUAAAUAGUGUGUUUUUAUUAUUAACAGCCAUUAUUAAAAUACACUUACCUUUUAAAGGGACACUCCAGGCACCCAGACCACUUCUGCCCAUUGGAGCAGUCUUGGUGCCAACUCCCACUACCCUUAACCCUGCAACUGUAAUUAUUGCAGUUUUUAUAAACUACAAUAACAACCUUGCAGGGUUAAGUCGUCCUCUAAUGGCGGUCUAUCAGACAGCCACUAGAGGGACUUCUGGGUUCUUAAAACUUUAAAAAGUAUGUUAAAUGACGCUGGAUGUCCUAACACUAUGCACGAGGACCUCCAGUGGCGCCUGAAUCCCUAUAGGAAAGCAAUGAAUACUGCUUUCCUAUGGGGAGGUCUAAUGCGCGUGCAUGGCGGACAUCAGCGCUGGAUUCAGGUAAGUCACUGAAUGGGGUUUUAACCCCUUCAGCAACAUGGGAUGGGGGUGGGAGGGAGGGGGAUACUGCAAGAUCCUGCAAUGACAGGAAAACAGAUGUGGUUUUUUUUUUUGGCACUGGAGAGUUCCUUUAAUGCAUUUAAUUUUAGGAUAGAAACAUAGAAUGUGACAGCAGAUAAGAACCAUUCGGCCCAUCAAGUCUACCCAAUAAUUUCGAAAUACUUUUAAUUUGUCCCUGGCCUUAUCUAACAAUCUGUUUUCCUGGCACUGCAGGUCCCCUCUCCCUCCCACCACCCAUCCCUGGUUGCUGAAGGGGUGAAAACCCCUUCAGUGACUUACCUGAGACCCCCGCGAUGUCCCUUGGCGGUGGUUUCGGGUUGCCGCCGCUCCUCCCCUUCAUCACGUCAGCUGAGACCUGAUGCGCAUCGCAUUAGAGCUCUCCAUAGGAUCAAUGCACUUAUGUCGUUAUUAAUGUCAUGAAGUCGUAAAGUACAUUAAGUAGUACAUAAUCACUGUGGGUCUGCGAACGUGCCGGGUAGGUACUUCUCCAAAACUACGCCAUCUGCCCCAUGACUCCAAAAUGUGUCCAUGGUGGUGCUUGGUGUUCCCAGUGGGCGGGCUUCCAUGCAGGUCCCUCGAUGUGGUAGGUAGAGCGAUCAUCCGACUCCCUUACGGGUGCCUCCGCUAGUGUAUGGGCUCAGUCCACUUAAGGGAUCUAUGCAGCGUCUGGAAGGUGGGAUGCCCCUUCGGCCCUGGAGCUGUGUGAGGGCUGGUACUUUCUAGCCACUAGCCUGGAGUCCUGUAAGGUCCAGGGUCUUCCUUGUCAGGAUGGUGCGGCGCGCCCUCAGUGGGUCAGGUGUGUGUCGUCGUGUAUUUCUUGUGGCCCUCCGCUUGUGUGGCCAGUACCUGUGGGUCUGGACCCGUAGUGCCCUCAGCCCAGGUGGGCGUCUUGUGCGAGGUGCAGAUGUGGGGGACAGAGUUGUGCCUUAAUCUGUAAGUGAUUGUUUGAUUUAGACGCCGCUGGUUGCGUGCAGGCCUGGAGCUGAGCCCAGAAUCUAUCGAAAAUUGCAUCGAGGGAGUCUCUUGUAUUGGGAUAGGGGCUGGUCACUUCAGGCUGCCGCAGUCACGUGUAGCAAAGUCCACUGAGACCGCCAUCUUGGAGACCUUCUCCCGACCGGGAUAUCCCCCAACGGUCCAUGGGGUGGGGGGGGGAACAGGAGGAGAGGGGAUGGUUGGUGCUUGCGUGCGGCCCUUCUCCCACUCCAACUUCUCCUGUUUGCCUCAGCCCGCUGUCAUGGUUCCCGGGUGUUCCGCGUGUCAAAUUUGGUAUCCGCAGGUGUGUGCCAGCUUCCCCAGUCUGUAGGGCUUUUUUAGGAAUGGGUCAUCACUGCGGCCCAAGAUAUCAUGCUUUUAGUGCCCGUGAAGCAGGUCUUGCUAGCUUGCUGAUCAGGCUCCGCCCCCCUUGUUUUACUUUCCUUUUCUCAUUUAUGUGUCUAAAAAAUGUUUAACCCCCCCCCCUUUUUUUUUUUUACCGACUGUGCUAUUUUCUCUUCUGUGUGUGCUUUGGAGGCUCUUAUAACUUGCUUAGCCUCUUUCUGCUUAAUCUUAUAGAUCUGUCUGUCUUCCUUACUCUGGUUCUUUUUAUAAUAAUUAAGUGCUAACUUUUAGUUUUUUUUUGUUUUUGUUUUUUUUUACUAUUUUGGCCACAUCUGCAGAGUACCACAGUGGUUUCUUAAAUUUUUUGCUUUUACUGACAACCCUAAUGCAAUUUUCUGUUGCCUUCAGCAGUGCACCUUUUAAAUAUUCCCAUUUCUCUUGGACUCCAUUUAAACUGCUCCAGUCUGACAAGGACCCCUUUACGCAUAUUCUAAUUUUAGGUUGCCCCCACCCUCCCAAGGAUUAACUAGAUAAGCAUCACAACUUUAAGGACACAUGACAUGUGUGACAUGUCAUGAUUCCCUUUUAUUCCAGAAGUUUGGUACGUAAGGGGUUAAACUGCAUUAUCUAUGGGCCCAUCCUGUAACAUGCCUGGCUGUGCGUCACAGAUGUGUGACUCAGCAUUAUGGGACUGGCAGUUUACAAUAGAGGACAAGCCAGAGAUGGUCUCACUAUCUCCCCACUGUGAGCUGCAGUGGGCACUGACAUUGUUUUAUGUAAUUUGGGAUACAGACAGUUACCGGGAAUAAAUCCUGCUCUGUAAUGACUGUAAUUAUUGGUGUGCGAGUACUUACAAUGCUCCAGGGAUAACAAUACCCAGCACACAGUGAGUGCCCCCUGCUUGGCAGUUUACAAUUUGCCGCAGUCCAUGGUGUUAAUGAGUAGACUCCUCCUAGCUAACCACAUCAUGGCAGGUUCCGGAUUUGGGAAGAUGGUAUGCUAACAGAGAUGCUCCAAAUUUAUUUAUUUUAUUAUUUUUAGUAUAUUUGUACAGCGCACCAUAAAAGCAAUGCACAAAAAAAAAAAAAAUAUGCUAAAAUACACCUGAACGAAACCGCAAAUAAUAAAAUAAGCUAAAAUACACUUCUACCUAACCCCCACAUGUCCUUUUUGGACAAUUCAGAUUUUGUACCUUGUUCUCCAAACUGGGUUUGUUCUCUGGUGACCUGUUACAAAGGGAAGAAGUCUGAUUGUGCAAUUAAAGCCUGGACAGGGCAUAGGGCAUUUCAUUCCAAAUAUGCGCAUUAUGGGUUACUGCAAGCACCAUCACCACUUCAGUGAUAUAAAGCUUUCAUGGUGGUUGGAUUCUCUAGGUGUAGCAUUUCACUAUGAAACUCUGCACACACAGAGUAUAACCGUUCUGAUUGUCAAUUGGGCGUCAUCAGCCAGCUCAGAACAAGAGUUCCAAACUGGCAAGUGUGAAUUAAAUGCAAAUUUGCCAUCUGACAUUAGCACAUUGGCUACAUACAUCCAAUGUCCCUACCUUAAUUUGCGCUCCCCGACUGUCGCAAAGCAUAGUGGCGUCAACCAGGGACGAUCCGGCUGCAGGGACAACAGGGAAUUUACCCCAGCCAACACAACCAGAGCACAUCUUUAGAUAGGCUCACGGUGAGAGACUCUACAAGGAGUGCUACAGAAGUGGGGUUGGCCUGGAGGCUAUCAGAUUGUCUGGUCUGCAUUAAUGCCAGGCUGACAUACCGCUUCUGUGGGCAGUCUCGGCUCCUUUCCAAGUACUAUCGCCUAUUUUUGGGGUAAACUGCUUCACUGACACAGCCAUUUAAGUGAACUUGUCCUCAUAUAAUCAACUGUAGCUCUUUUAAAAGAGCUUAAAAAUCCAUCUAUACAUUGUGGUAACAAAUACUUGAAAAAAAAAAAGUAAAUUAUUAUAAAAUAUUUUUUAUCCCAUCUGUGUCUCCGCUCCUCGGCAGACACUGAAUGCCGAGGAACUGAGAGCCAGAGAGAGCAGAAGAGACCUCCCAGAGGAGGAACCUUUGCUCUCCACCCAUAGCAACCACAGUGCAUGCUAGGGAGUAUAGGAACAGAGUAAUGUGACAUAACUCACUCUAGACAUUGUCAAUGUUGCCAGUGUGUCAGCCUUAAUGGAUGAGGUUUGUCCUGCUUGGGGCUUGCGUCUUGAAGCAGGACACAUCAGCCAAGAGAAGCGCGGGAGGACCGGUGGUAGUUGUUAGACGAUUGGAGACCCAAGAUUGUGGCAGAGGGUCAGAUAAGGAGUACAGACUCUCUUUAAAGCCUGCACACCCCAUGCCAAAUUCAUACCUCCCAAUUUUGGUAGGUAUGCGCUUAGCUUAUUGUCGGGCCUGAUUACAUGCAUUCACACCAUAGUGCUCCCAGUGGUGUUGAUUGUGGUAUCCCAACUGACCCAAUGCCCAUCAGGUCUGGUAUAUGUCCUCAGUGGAUUACCUUAGAGAUCAGAUAAAGACUGGUCUACAAAUUUAGCUUAAAUUGACACUUUAGAGAAAAUCUCAAAUGAAGGUAAUUCUGGAUUCCCCCCAGCCCCCAACUCUGCUGGUUUGAUCUAUAUUUUAAAAAAUCUUAUGUUUCCCCAACUUUACCUAUUCUUGUACCCAUAUCUGCUUUGAAUCCCUCUGUGGUAAAUCUAAAAGUCUUUUCAAUACCAAUUUUAUUUGCUGUACUUCUAGACUCUCAUUUUAGUUACUGUAACCUAGCCCACCUCCACUCUGAAAUUGCCAAUUAAAAUAUAAAAAGUGCUUGUGCUCAUCACAAUAAAUGGCCUCAGGCAUUCCAGCAGGUUUCCAUAACAUUGGUCCCUCACACUUUCAUUUAUGAAUGCAGCCAAUAGUCUGUACUUGAAAGGCUUUUGUCUGUUAAAGGCAGAAGGCCUUUAAUUUGCUGAAUCCAUGAUACAUAAGGAAGUUAAAGGACCACUAUAGUGCCAGGAAAACAAACUUGUUUUCCUGGCACUAUAGUGCCCUGAGGGUGCCCCCACUCUCAGGGUCCCACUCCCGCCGGACUCUAGGGGGAGAAAGGGGGUUAAAACCUUACCUUUCUCCAGCGCCUGGACUCUAGUGGCUGUUUAAAAGCUGGUUGGAAUCGUCACUGUUAAAUCUUCUUAAUUUCUUCUUGUCUUCAGUUGAUUGAUAUAUAUAUGUCUUUUGUGUAUAUAUAGUCUUGGGCUAAAUAUAAUGCUCGCCACAAUAAUAUAUGUCUAUAUUAUUGAAAAGUACUAAUACGCAAUCUGACUUACGGUUUCUUCAGGUUUAUUCUUACGGAUACAUACUAAAACAACAAAUGAUGUUACAGGAUAAUGGACAUUCAACAGCAGAUGAUAAUUGCUGGCCUUCUUUACAUUCUUACAUCUUUACAUCUCGAGAGAGAGCCAGAGAGAGCCAAGCCAAGAGCCAAGAGAGAUAGCGACCUCGUGUCCCUCUGUUACUAUAAAGAUGUGCUAAUACUAACGUCAGCAUUUAACUCUUGCCAUAUAAGGACAAAAACCCCACAUCCACAUUCCAGUAGCUCUCGGACAAAGAAAGCCGUGUGACUUAUUGAUACCAUCUGUUACUUAUGUCAAUCCACACAUCCAUAUAUAUAUAUAUAAUCAAUAGAAACACAGAAUAUGCAAUAUUCUACAUUCCCUCUGUUUAUGGUUUGUCUUAAAACCAUAACACAAUGUCACUAACCUGUCCAUUCAUACAUCACUCGUAUCACAGUCAUUGAACAUAGAACAAGAUGUAGUCACAAUUUUCUAUUAUAUGAGAGUUCUUAGAAGGUCGAGUUUCUUUUUUUUUUUUUUGACAAUCUUUAUUUUGACUUUUAGCAUCGGUACAGUGUGUCGAUUCUUGAACAGAGUAAGGCACAAAAUAUCAACGUAUAGGAGGUAUAACAUCCAACAGGAUAGAAACAGAACAUGCACACAACAAACCACGGGGGAUCUUAAAACAGCUGACCUAUACUAAUCGGUGAGACCCAGAUAAUGGCAUGGUGGUGGAAGGCCGGGUCUGUCACGCACUAUGAUCAGGUGCGGUGGUCAGUGAGAAGGUCGAGUUUCUAUCCCUCAUACUGCUUACUUUACUUCAAAACUCCCUCUGUUUCAGCUAUGUAUUUAUAUCCAUAUUCAUGUUACAUCAUAACUACUUGAAAAUAAUAUAUACAUAUAUAUAACAAUAAAUGAAUAAAAUAUUUACAAAUGUUGAUCCAGUAAACAAUAAAGCAAUCAAAAAUAUCUACCUGCUCUGGUACAGUCGUAUCUUUGUAGAUAACAAAAUCAAGAUGAUAACUUUCUAAAUAAUAACUGUGUAUCACUAUCAUAUUCCUACAGACACAUAUAACAUAGUAUUUUCAUUCUCAAUACCUGAUAUUACUUAAGUACUAAUACAUGUAUUACUAUAAUAUACGUCCACUUAUAUUUCCAUGAAUCAAAUGUUUUCUAGUGAACUUAAACUCUUUAGGUCAUUUGUAUUCAUGAAUUACAUUCCUAUACCAUUAAUACCACCUAAUGAUAAUUGUAUCAGUACUUUACAAUCAUAGUAUUUAAUUUGUAUAUUCAGUAGGCUCUCACUACCUGAAAUAUAUCAACACUACUUAUAAGACUCAUUCAAAGGAUGUGUUAUCAACCAUGAAGUUCUAUAAUAAUUCUUCAAAUAAUGUUCAUGGUGUUGACAAUACUUAUUGUUCUAGAAAUUCUCCACCCAGAAAUCUUUCUAUCAUAGAUUUGUUUUUGUUUACAUAAUUUAUAAUUUUCACUAAAAUUCCACCUUGUAGUAACAAACAUUUCAUUUAAUAGAAACAUGGUUUACUUUAAAAGAACUUGGAAAGAAUAAUUUAAAUUCAUUGUGAUUACUUAUUAAUGUAAUACAUCUCAACAUAAAAGUAGGACUGUCCUAAUGUUACCUUAACAUUUGUUCUGACCAAUCCGUAUUCCUUAGUACACUUCAACUGACUAAAUUAAAAUAAAAUAAACUUGGGGUCAUACUGCCCAGAAACUCUUAUUCCUAGUCUGUGUCUAAUAAACUCAGGGAAAUCUUAAAACAACGUAUUCAUUGGAUACCGCCAUAUCCAGAAACCUAUUCUCCCUAGUCCAUACCUUUAUAGACUUAGGUCAAAUAUAAUUGUGUACUAUACUCUUUCCUUUCAAUUCAAUUCCUCUUGGAUCUCUGAACUCUUAUAUCCAAGGCAUUCUUAAUGUAUACCAUUACUUAAUAUUAAUCAAAAUAAAUUAUCCUUCCUUAGUUUUCUUCCUUAUGUUACCAUUGUUUGUUUUACUUCACCUAGAUAUAAAGAAAUUAUUCAUUAUUGUUAAUCUAUGAAAUACUAUUGAACUCAAUCUUUGUGGUAUUAAGUAACCAUGAUCCUUAUUUUAUCAACUUCAUAUUUUAUCUACCUCUGAUACUUCUCAUCCUAUGCAUAGGUCAUAAUGUAAUAGUUAUCUUCAUAAUACUAUCCUAUCAUAAUUUUACUCCAUGUGUUAAAUAGUUAUAAGUACUCUCUUUUGGUAUUAAUACACUCGUAACUGUUAAAUAACUUUUCAGUGUCUCUUUUCUUCUUUGUUAAUAUUUAGGAAUUGUUAUGUAUGUUAGUGCCAAUCUUUUAUUUCUUUGUAUGUCUGUUAAUCUUCUGUAUUGAAUGAACUCUGUAGAAUCUUCCAUUACAGUUUGCAGAUCAGAUGAAAAGUCUCUUUCCAACAGUCGAUGUCCAGUUGUCUGAAGGAAUGCCUUCCUGAUUUAUUGCCACAAGGAUCUGUCACGCUUUACCAGAUCAGUUAUUUCUGUCUAUUUAGUUGCUUCAUCCACACAGCUGCGCAGUUCUGGACUUGAAUCUGGACGCUUGCCAAUCUCUGCCAUGUGCUUGCUUCUAGAAUUCACAUUGUAUCUUGUGCUUUUUGUCUCAGUUGUAGAAAAUAGUCUUGUACAGUCUUUGUGAUUUGAAAAUCUUUUUCAUACAAACCACAGUCUAGAUUCUUUUUUCUCUUCAAGUUUGUUUUCCCAGUUCCAAAAUAGCUUUGUAACUCGAUUCUUCUCUCUCCCCCCUUGAAGUGGGAACAAAACUUGAACAGAAGACUGGCUUGCUAGCCAAUGUAAAAUCUGGUUGGAAGCGUCACUGUUAAAUCUUCUUAAUUUCUUCUUGUCUUCAGUUGAUUGAUAUAUAUACGUCUUUUGUAUAUAUAGUCUUGGGCCAAAUAUAAUGCUCGCCACAAUAAUAUAUGUCUAUAUUAUUGAAAAGUACUAAUACGCAAUCUGACUUACGGUUUCUUCAGGUUUAUUCUUACGGAUACAUAAUAAAACAACAAAUGAUGUUACAGGAUAAUGGACAUUCAACAGCAGAUGGUAAUUGCUGGACUUCUUUACAUUCUUACAUCUUUACAUCUCGAGAGAGAGCCGAGCCAAGAGAGAGAGGAACCUCGUGUCCGUCUGUUACUAUAAAGAUGUGCUAAUACUAACGUCAGCAUUUAACUCUAGCCAUAUAAGGACAAAACCCCUACAUCCACAUUCCAGAGCUCUCUGACAAAGAAAGCCUUGUGACUUAUUGAUACCAUCUGUUACUUAUGUCAAUCCACACAUCCAUAUAUAUAAUCAAUAGAAACACAGAAUAUGCAAUAUUCUACAGGCUGUCAAUGAGAUGGCCACUAGAGGCUGGAUUAACCCUAAUGUAAACAUAGCAGUUUCUCUGAAUCUUUGUUGAAUGUUUACAGCAGAAAGGGUUAAAACUAGAGGGACCUGGCAUCCAGACCACUUCAUUGAGCUGAAGUGGUCUGGGUGCCUAUAGUGGUCCUUUAAGCAGUUCUAUAUCAGGUGUUUUUAUUGCAAACUCUGGGCAAACCUCAGACUGGGCAGUGAAGCAAACCAUGAUUUGUUUCUCUGAUGAUCCAAGAGAACAGUAACCUCAUUUGGAAAAAAUUGGAGCGUUGAUAUUUCUCUCUAAUGCACAUUACAUUAUGUAUGACAAUUAUUAUAUAAAGGAACACUCCAAGUACCAUAACCACUACAGCACACUUUAAACUGUUUUGAUGGCAAACACUGGGAAAGAGUAGGGAUCUUACAGCCAAAGGUUUUUUUUUUUUUCUAAUUUUGUUGUCUUCAUAUUUGUAUUUAUCAUCAAUAGAAAGAGCCUAAUAUGUAAUCAACUAAUGAGCUUACAUAUAAUAUCACCCUAUAUUGUUAUGAUUUCUACAUGUAUCCUGUUAUAUCCAGAAAUGAAUACUGGUGAUAACCUUCAAUAGUGGAAAGAUACCACUGUUCUAGGCUGUCACCCUGCUAUGAAAGUUGUAUUUGCCCUUCAGUCUCAUAUUACAUUUCGUUCUGCUGUUAAUUUAAUUUUGCUAUAAUAUUAUGUGUGAAAUGUGUUUUUUUUUUUUUGUUUUUUUUUCUCAAAUAUUUAAAUGCAGUUUUAUUUGGAUUUGAUCACUGCACAUUAUGUCUCACGAUGGAAAAGUUUCUCUCUUGUGGGCAUCUAGAGACCACAUGCUCCAGAGUUUGAUCACUCACUCUGUGUCGUAUAUGUUAGUUUGCAAAUGAUGUUAAAGGGAAAACUACGGGCAUCAAAUGUGUAUGUUACUCAAGCUGUUUUUUUGAAUGGGUAGUCUGAGAGAGUUAGCUCAUGCUCUCAGCCUAGAAAACGACGAUCAGUAAGACCUCCUUCGCCACUCCAUGUUGUGAACUACAUCUCCCAUAAUGCUCUUUCAGCCAUAAUGCUGACAAAACAUCAGUGGAGAUGUAGUCCACAACAUCUGGAGUGCCGAAGGUUACCUACACCUGCAUCUCGAUCUUGAUAUUGCUUUUUUGGGGAGAUGAGAGAAAAGGUAGUUUACUAAGCUCUGAAUUAGUUGGUGCAAUUGCAGAAUAUUUUUAGGGGACGCUAUAGCAGCGCUCAACAAAUCCCAGGUCACCGUGGCAACUAGAAAUUGUGUCUUGGCGCCUGGGAUUUUGUCAUGGCAGCCCUUUAGCGAAGGCCGCCAUCCCCCAUGGGGGAGCCGGCCGUCAGCCUGGGGUAGCGUGGGAGGCAGCACGCGAGGGAGCAGUAAUCCUCCUGCAGCACCUCUCUGCUCCCUCGCGCUGUUUAGUGAUGCCAGGAACUGGAAUAUGACAUCACACUGACCCCAUCACUGCAGAUUGCGCACAGGGGAGCAAAGAGGAAUUGCAGGGAAAUGAUCAAAGCAGCCCCACUGGAGGCUGGGUGGACAUAAAUUAAAGUAAAACAUUUAAUUUGUGAGUUUAUGAGAAAACGUGUCUAUCAAUGUGUGUGUCUGUUUAGGUACCUGCCCCCUUCUGAUCGCUUGGGAAAGGUGUUUUUACUCCCCUUUCUUCCCACACCGACCUGGUUUCACAGAGGCUUAUCACUCCUCCAUGGCUAAGAUCAUCUUUAUGACCUCUGUUACGUCAAUGUUUUCCCAUAGGAAAGCUUUGGGAGGAUAUUGCACAUGUCCCUUCGCCAACUCUCCUCCCUCACCGACGUCAGCCGGCGGGGGAGACCUAACGCGCAUUACACCGCCCCAUAGGAAAGCAUUCAAUGCUUUCCUAUGGGGAUUCCGGCGACGCUGCAGGUCCUUAUGUGUUGCGUGAGGACGUCCAGCAUCUCUUAAAACACUAAUAGUGUUUUAAAGGACCACUCUAGGCACCCAGACCACUUCAGCUUAAUGAAGUGGUCUGGGUGCCUGGUCCCUCUAGGAUUAACCCAUUUUUUUUUUUAUAAACAUGGCAGUUUCAGAGAAACUGCUAUGUUUAUAAAUGGGUUAAUACAGCCCUCAAACCCUCUAGUGGCUGUCUCAUUGACAGCCACUAGAGGCGCUUGCGUGAUUAUCACUGUGAAAAUCACAGUGAGAGCACGCAAGCAUCCAUAGGAAAGCAUUGUAAAUGCUUUCCUAUGAGACCGGCUGAAUGCGCGCGCAGCUCUUGCCGCGCAUGCGCAUUCAGCUGAAUGGGAGGAGAGGAGGAGGAGAGCUCCCUGCCCCUUUUCUCUCCCCAGAGCUGGGCGGGAGUGGGACCCUGAGGGUGGGGGCACCCUCAGGGCACUAUAGUGCCAGGAAAACAAGUGUGUUUUCCUGGCACUAUACAGGGAGUGCAGAAUUAUUAGGCAACUUGUAUUUUUGAGGAUUAAUUUUAUUAUUGAACAACAACCAUGUUCUCAAUGAACCCAAAAAACUCAUUAAUAUCAAAGCUGAAUAUUUUUGGAAGUAGUUUUUAGUUUGUUUUUAGUUUAGCUAUGUUAGGGGGAUAUCUGUGUGUGCAGGUGACUAUUACUGUGCAUAAUUAUUAGGCAACUUAACAAAAAACAAAUAUAUACCCAUUUCAAUUAUUUAUUAUUACCAGUGAAACCAAUAUAACAUCUCAACAUUCACAAAUAUACAUUUCUGACAUUCAAAAACAAAACAAAAACAAAUCAGUGACCAAUAUAGCCACCUUUCUUUGCAAGGACACUCAAAAGCCUGCCAUCAAUGGAUUCUGUCAGUGUUUUGAUCUGUUCACCAUCAACAUUGCGUGCAGCAGCAACCACAGCCUCCCAGACACUGUUCAGAGAGGUGUACUGUUUUCCUCCUUGUAAAUCUCACAUUUGAUGAUGGACCACAGGUUCUCAAUGGGGUUCAGAUCAGGUGAACAAGGAGGCCAUGUCAUUAGAUUUUCUUCUUUUAUACCCUUUCUUGCCAGCCACGCUGUGGAGUACUUGGACGCGUGUGAUGGAGCAUUGUCCUGCAUGAAAAUCAUGUUUUUCUUGAAGGAUGCAGACUUCUUCCUGUACCACUGCUUGAAGAAGGUGUCUUCCAGGAACUGGCAGUAGGACUGGGAGUUGAGCUUGACUCCAUCCUCAACCCGAAAAGGCCCCACAAGCUCAUCUUUGAUGAUACCAGCCCAAACCAGUACUCCACCUCCACCUUGCUGGCGUCUGAGUCGGACUGGAGCUCUCUGCCCUUUACCAAUCCAGCCACGGGCCCAUCCAUCUGGCCCAUCAAGACUCACUCUCAUUUCAUCAGUCCAUAAAACCUUAGAAAAAUCAGUCUUGAGAUAUUUCUUGGCGCAGUCUUGACGUUUCAGCUUGUGUGUCUUGUUCAGUGGUGGUCGUCUUUCAGCCUUGCUUACUAGGGAUCGACCGAUUAUCGGUCUGGCCGAUAUUAUCGGCCGAUAUUUGGUAUUUUCGGCAAUAUCGGUAUCGGCCAAUUCAGAUACCGAUAUUGCAGAUAAUAUAUAGCAGGACCGCCGUGCCCAUUAGAAGCCCGGCGGUCCUGUGGGGGCCAGCCGCAAGCGCUGACUUACCUUGCAUGCAGCUCCCUGUGUAAAUCUCGCGAGACCCGCGGCCGCAGAGCGUUGCCACGGGUUACCAUGGCAACGCUCCGCGCGGCACUAAGAGCCGCGAGAUUUACACAGGGAGCUGUAGGAGCUGCUUGCAAGGUAAGUCAGCGCUUGCUGCUGCUGAGCCACCACUGUACUUAACAAGCCACUGGACCACCAGGGAAUACUAUAUCCCCCUCCCUGGUAAGAAGCAGGGAGAGAGGACUAAACAAAACAAACCCAAACAUUUAAAUAUUAAAAAAAAUAUUAAAAUAAAAAAUUACACAAAUUACAUCACUACACACACACUGCACACACACUGCACACAUACUGCAUUACAUACACACUACACAAACACACACUACACAAACACACACUGGGGGGGGACUAAACAAAAAAAAAACCAUUUAAAUAUUAAAAAAAAUAUUCAAAUAAAAAAUUACACAAAUUACAUCACUACACAAACACACACACACACUACACAAACACACACUGCACACAUACUGCAUUACAUACAUACACACUACACAGGCACACACACUGCAUUACAUACACACACUACACAGACACUACACACACACCACAAACACACACUGCAUUACAGACACACACUGCACACACACUGCAUUACAUACACACUACACAAACAGUACACAUACUGCAUUACAUACACACUACACACACUGCAUUACAUACAUAAACACUACACAAACACACACACACUGCAUUACAUACACACACAAACACACUGCAUUAUACACACACUACGUAAACACACUGCAUUAUAUACACACUACACACACUGCAUUAUAUACACACUACAUUCAUUAUACACACACUACACAAACACACUCUGCAUCCACUACACACACACACACACACUACACAAACACACACAGUUCCCCUGUCUAAACACACUUCAUCCACUACAUGUGGCAUGUAUAUUUUGUGCCUUUACCUUUCGAAUUAGUUUAUUUAUUCAAAAUAGUAAAUGUACAGAAUAUCGGCAAGAUAUCGGCCUGAAAGUUCGCAGAUUAUCGGUAUCGGUAUCGGCUCUAAAAAAUCAAUAUCGGUCGAUCCCUAUUUCUUACCUUGGCCAUGUCUCUGAGUAUUGCACACCUUGUGCUUUUGGGCACUCCAGUGAUGUUGCAGCUCUGAAAUAUGGCCAAACUGGUGGCAAGUGGCAUCGUGGCAGCUGCACGCUUGACUUUUCUCAGUUCAUGGGCAGUUAUUUUGCGCCUUGGUUUUUCCACACGCUUCUUGCGACCCUGUUGACUAUUUUGAAUGAAACGCUUGAUUGUUCGAUGAUCACGCUUCAGAAGCUUUGCAAUUUUAAGAGUGCUGCAUCCCUCUGCAAGAUAUCUCACUAUUUUUGACUUUUCUGAGCCUGUCAAGUCCUUCCUUUGACCCAUUUUGCCAAAGGAAAGGAAGUUGCCUAAUAAUUAUGCACACCUGAUAUAGGGUGUUGAUGUCAUUAGACCACACCCCUUCUCAUUACAGAGAUGCACAUCACCUAAUAUGCUUAAUUGGUAGUAGGCUUUCGAGCCUAUACAGCUUGGAGUAAGACAACAUGCAUAAAGAGGAUGAUGUGGUCAAAAUACUCAUUUGCCUAAUAAUUCUGCACUCCCUGUAGUGGUCCUUUAAGAACCCGGAAGCUCUGAGACAGCCACUAGAGGAGGACUUAACCCUGUUAGGCAAUUAGUGCAGUUUAUGAAAAACUGCACUAAUUACACUUGCAGGGUUAAGGGUAGUGGGAGCUGGCACUGGGUGCCUGGAGUGUCCCUUUAACCAGCCUUGCUAUUCAGGUAGUGCAUAUUGCUGUUGCUAACUCUCCUCCCCCGCCGACCUAAUGCGCAUGCGUGGCAAUUGCCGCGCGCGCAUUACACCGCCCCAUAGUAAAGCAUUAUUCAGUGCUUUCUUAUGGGGAUUCCGGCAACGCUGGAGGUCCUUAUGCGUUGCGUGAGGAUGUCCAGCAUCUCUUAAAACACUAAAAGUGCUUUAAGAACCCGGAAGCUCCGAGACAGCCACUAGAGGAGGACUUAACCCUGUUACGCAAUUAGUGCAUUUUAUGAAAAACUGCACUAAUUACACUUGCAGGGUUAAGGGUAGUGGGAGUGGUCUGGGUGCCUGGAGUGUCCCUUUAACCAGCCUUGCUAUUUAGGUAGUGCAUAUUGCUGUUGCUACCAACAGAGGGCACUACACAGGCUACAUAGACAACUCCAGCUAGUUGGUAGCAAUCCUCAGCAGUACAGGCUAGCAGGCAAAACAUUUAACAGUGUAUACACACACACAAUAUUAACAAUUACAUUACACGCACCCUGCACCUAUAAUGGGUACAGGGUGACUAAAACAUAAGAAAAGUCCAGCAACCUACAUAAAUAGUCUAUCUGAAGGUACAGGUAAUUGUGACAUCCGUUACAGUAGGAAUGUAAAGACUGUCUUUUCUCUGGAAAGGUAGUGUUUACAUUGAAAAGCCUGCAGUGACAUGCUACAAACACCAGAACAACUACAUUAGGCUGCAGUGGUUCUGGUGACUAUAGCAUCCCUUUAAGAAUUGCAUUUUUCUCGUUCAAAAUUAAACUUUGUUUGUUUUUAAAAAGACUGGCUCCUAACUUUUUUAGCUCGCUCCUAGAUUCCAAACAAAUUCGUCAAGCCCUGCACUAUAGGCAUCUAGACCACUUAAUCUCAUUGAAGUGGUCUGGGUACACUGUGUAUAUCGCAGGAUUAAGCCUGUCUCUAAUCUGACUUUCUACCAGAGAGCCACUAGAGGAGCUUUAUGGCCUUUCACAAAAUCUGACUCCAUGAAACAACACUGGACAUCCUCACGUUUUGCAUAAGCAUGUCCAGCGUCGUCAACUCCCUGAUAGGAAAGUAUUUCUAGAUAAGAAUUAUUGUAGAGAAUGCAUAUUUCAGUGAUAUAACAAAUUUUAUAUUCUGAAGGGUUCCCUUGGAGAUGUGGGGUGGUCUGUUUUUGCAAAGUGCAUUAAUCUGCAAAGUGCAUUAAAUUUAAAUUUGUUAAGUAGAGCACGCACUAUUUCACUACUGCUAGGCAGGUGUUUGUGAAUUAUACACAGUGCGAGAAGCCAUCUCCGGAAGGCAUAGUCAAACACUUGCCACAGAAAAAAAUAGAGCAUAUUCCGACACAUCUGUGUUAGUUUUAAUGUAGAAAAUAAACAGCCUCAGCUUUAAAAAAAAAAUCCCACUCUCAAAGUCUGUAAUGAGGCUAUAUGCAUGGUAUGCCAUGCGUGUAAUAUAAUCGUGAGCGAGUAUCACAGACCGCCUGCAUGUUGAUGGAUAAGUAGUUCUUCAUGUUUAAGUACAGGUGAGAGACCCCAGCAAGUGUGAUCACAUACUUCCAUAUCUUUUACCCUUCAGUAUCAUUGCUUUCUAACCUUUGUGUGGCACCCUCUCCAUCUGCCUUUCUCUUUACCCCCUUUUACAUGCUCUCUAUUUCUUUUAUUUUUCUCUUCCACAUUUCUUUUAUAUCGUUCUCUAUUAUAUGGUGCUGAUCAUGCUCUCUCUGUCUCCCGCUUUGCAUUUACUCCCACCCUGAACUCUCAUUGCACUUUCGUGCGUGUGUGUUUGAAAUGAAGAUCUCAUCCAGGGAUACUGAUUUAGUAUACAUCCAAGUUGUCUUUUACCCUGUUCUGUUACAAACUCCAGCAAUGCUAUGUAGAUAUUCUGUGGAUUGUCAUAGGCCAGAUAGUGAACAAAUCUUAGGCACCAUACCUCAUAAUGACCAUAUGAGGACUUUAUAUUUCUGAGUUAAGUAUGUUUUGUCAUGGUCUAUUAAGUUUCCAUUAUAUUCCUCUUUUGGCUUGUAAUGUUUACGUGGCAUUUUAUUAUUAAUAUUAUUAUUUAUUUAUAAAAUAUUUUACCAGGAAGGAUACAUUAAGAUUUCUCUCAUUUUCAAGUAUGUCCUGGGUCCACAAAACAUUGCAUUGAUACAAUAUGGUACAAUAAAAUACAAAAACAAUAUUAAUGUACAAUAUAUGCAAAAUUUUACAUAGAACAUGUAUGUUAAUUGUUUUCUGGUUAGAUAUCUUCAGUAAUGGGUACCUAGAGCAGGAAUUGGUCCAUUAUUAUUUAUUGAAUCUGGGUGGAAGUAAUAAGAGGGAUAUUGAUAAUUGGAUCUUAUUUAGUUAACCAUGUCUUGGAUAUAUUCCCUUUUUGACUGUUUUAUUACUAGUGACACUAGUCACCAAAACAACUUUAGCUUAAUAAAGCAGUUUUGGUGUAUAGAUACUCUCCCAGCCAUUUAGGAGUUAAAUUACUUUGUUUAUUCAGCUCUAGUCACACCUCCCUGCAUAUGACUUGCACAGCCUUCCUAAACACUUCCUGUAAAGUAAGAUCUAAUGUUUAAACUUCUUUUAUUGCAUAAUCUGUUUAAUUUAGAAUUUAUCUUCUUCUGUUAAUAGUUUGCUAGACUCUACAGGAGAUGUGAUCAAAGUUAAAUUUACAGAGCAUGAGAUGCAAACUUUUAAAGUAAGUUAAUAUCCGAUUGAAAACUAAACUAAAUUUUUAAUGCAGCCUGUGUGUGAAUCACAGCCAGCGGAGGUGUGGCUAGGGCAGCAUAAACAAGUUAUUUAAUUCCCAAAUGGCAGAUAAUUUGUCAGUAAGACUGCAGAGGCAUGAUCUAUACACCCAAACUGCUUUGUUAAAGGACCACAAAACAAAACCUGUAUUCCUGAUCCUAUAGUGUUAAAAACACCAUCUAGGGCUAUAACUACAGGACAAUCUUACUUUUAUUUCCAGUCUGCUGCUGCCGGCUCUGCCCCUGAUCUGCAUGCUUGGCUGACAUCAUCAGAAGUGCUGAUCUAAGCCAAUCACAAUGCUUUCACAUAGGAAAGCAUUGGAAUGGCUGAGAUUGUCAAGGAGGCAGAUCAGGUACAAAACCAGCACAAGCCAAACACAGCCCUGGCCAAUCAGCAUCCCCUCAUAGAGAUGCAUUGAUGCAUUCAUCCCUAUGAAAAAAGUUCAGUAUCUCUAUGCAGAGGGUGGAGACACUGAAUGUCAGAUGAGGGAAUACCUCCAGUAUGUGGUAUGCAGCCAUUUUCAUCUUCAGAGGAAGAUAUGCUUUCUGAUCCAGCUUUCAUGGAUAGUAAGAAAAAGCUCUUAUUAAAGCAGUUCGGAACAUCCUUCAUUUGAAGGAUAAGAAAGAAAAGCAACUGGACUCUAGCAAACAUUUUGAAGACUUGAGGAAAAAGAACCUGACUUUUCCAUUUCACAAAAUUAUUAAGGAUCUGAUUAAGGAGGAAGGCUGCACACUGUUCCAGGAAGCAGCCAUGUGACAAGUGACCAGUGGAGGUGUUGCUAGGCUGUAAUGUAAACACUGCAUUUUCUCUGAAAAUACAGUUUCCUUCCAAACUGGACAGGAACACCUAAUUAAAACAAUCAAAGAGAGAUGCCUCCUCCUACCCCUCAGUCUUUUUUCCUGUCCACUUCACUUUGGACACAGGAUGCUUUGCACCUCCUUUUUCUUUUUUGACUUACUUGGGUCAUCCAUACCCCUAUCCUUUGGGAAGUUCAGCCUCUUCCCAUGGAAGCCUCAGGAUACGGCGCCUCACCAAGGGCGACCCCCUGAAGGAGUCUCUCCUUAGCGACCGGGAGCGUAUGCUGCAGUAAGGAGACAGGUAGGAGCUGGAUGUGCCAGACCCACUACGGUGGUAAUGUCCCUUCUAUGGGUACACCUGAUAAAUCUCUGAUAUUUGGGUUCUUGGCGUUUCCUUUAUAGGUGGUAAUUCCCUACAUGGGUACACUUACCUGGACAUGUCAUGGCCCGUGUAAUACCAGGUAUUGGUCCUUUAGGGGAUGAAGCAAUAAAGGCUGGUCUGGGGAUCCUCUUUACUAUCUCAGGUAAGGUUGUAGGCUUAUGAAGGUUCUCCCUGUGUGACCUCUCUCCUUUCCUUACCUUGUUGCUGUGUAGUCUAGGGGUUUGUGUAUGUGUUCCGGUGGUGGAACGCGUACGUAAUGAUGCGCAGAAAGUAGCUCGUUAUUUCUGGUUCUCCAGUCCUUGGUGAAACGCAAAUUUGAACGCAAUAAUGCCGGAAGUGAUAACGUCAUUCUGCUAUAUUAUUUGCGGUCCUAGUCUCCCCAAGUUCGUGGCAAAAAUACUUGGCUUCUGUCAACAGAGCUUCUGGAGUUCGUUCCUGUUGCUGUGGUUAGGAAUGGUCUUUAUUUUCUUUCUGCUGCAGGUCAGUUGAUUUCAUUUCCUUUCUCUUUUAAUCCAUCUAUAUUGUUAAAGUUUAGAUAGAGGUUUUUUUAGCUAGAAAUAUUAUUUAUUUUCUAGCUGUCUGAUCUCAUGGAGUCCCCAGGCCACUCAUCUAUAAAUAGGUCACAUUCUCUAGGUUCUGAGUAAGUCACUGGUAUUUUAUUUGCAAUUUAUAUUCAUACAAUUAAAUAUUUAAAAGCGUGCGCAUUCCUCCUGUCCUAAUAUGGAUUCUCAGUUCUGCUCAUAGAUCCUCCUACAAGAAAAAGGACAAGACUCCUUUAUGUGAAGCAUGUGAUAAGGCUAUUCCAGGGAAGAUGCUCUGCAUAUCCUGUUUAAAAGCAGCGGCACAAAGAAUCGGAUCCUGAUGUUUUAGCCUAUAUCUGUCAAACUGUUACGGAAGGUCUACUACAAGCAGAAAAACUAGGAAAAUACACAGAUCUUUCAGUCCUGAAUGGAACCCAGAUUUGAGUUCAGAUGAGGGAAUACCUCCAGUAUGUGGUAUACAGGCAUUUUCAUCUUCAGAGGAAGAUAUGCUUUCUGAUCCAGCUUUCAUGGAUAGUAAGAAAAUCAAGGCUCUUGUCAAGGUAGUUCGGAACGUCCAUGAUUUAAAGGAUAAGAAAGAAAAGGAACUGGCCUCUAGCAAACAUUUUGAAGACUUGAGGAAAAAGAACCCGACUUUUCCAUUUCACAAAAUUAUUAAGGAUCUGAUGAAGGAGGAAGACUGAGGAAAAAAAGUCUCCUUGCAAGGCCGGCUUUCUAAACUGUCCCUUUAAGCCUAGGGAUUGUGCUCCUUGGGACUCUGCUCUCAAAGUUGAUGCAGCCAUUUUUCGUCUGGCCAAGUAGACCUCCUUACCAAUUUUUGAUGCAGGAUCACUUAGAGAUCCAAUGGAUAGAAGAUUGGAUUCCAACUUGUGUAAAGCCUAUAUUUCCUCUUGUUCUGAGCUUUGUCCUGCUGUGGCCUUGACAUCUGUCUCUAGGGCCUUAAAGUUGGAAGACCUCGAGGAGGAUAUUUUGGAUUCUUUAAAGAAUUUCAGAAUGAUCGUUGACUUUACUUCUGAUGCUUCUAUUGAUUUAGUCAGAUCCCUGUCUAGAUGCAUGGUCUUGUCGGUAGCCUCAAGACUAACAUUGUGGCUCCGAAAUUGGUUUGCGGACUCUGCUUCUAAGAAUAGCUUAUGUGCCCUUCCCUAUCAAGGGAAUAUGCUGUUUGUAAAACAUUUUGGAUAAAUGCAUCAAAAGGGCAGUGGAAGGACGGAACACUUUUCUUCCUCCAGAUAGAAGGCAAAAAAGAUCCUUUCCACAAGACAGACGCUCCUUUCAUGAUAAGUAUUAUAGACGCUACAGACCAGGAAGAAAUUUUCCAGAUUCCAGUCAUGGAAGGGUGGUUUCUCCUCCUCCAAACAUACUUGUGGGAGAGGUGGCAGUACUAGGCAGUCUAAAGAAUUCUAAUGGGGCGCCAGUCCAGUCCGGGGGACAUCUGGGCUCACAAAAUUCCAGACAAAUGGGUCUUAAAAAUCGUAAGUACAGGAUAUUUCCUGGAAUUAAACAUAGAAACAUAGAAUGUGACGGCAGAUAAGAACCAUUCGGCCCAUCUAGUCUGCCCAAUUUUCUAAAUACUUUCAUUAGUCCCUAGCCUUAUCUUAUAGUUAGGAUAGCCUUAUGCUUAUCCCACGCAUGCUUAAACUCCUUUACUGUGUUAACCUCUACCACUUCAGCUGGAAGGCUAUUCCAUGCAUCCACUACCCUCUCAGUAAAGUAAUACUUCCUGAUAUUAUUUUUAAACCUUUGUCCCUCUAAUUUAAGACUAUGUCCUCUUGUUGUGGUAGUUUUUCUUCUUUUAAAUAUAGUCUCCUCCUUUACUGUGUUGAUUCCCUUUAUAUAUUUAAAUGUUUCUAUCAUAUCCCCCCUGUCUUGUCUUUCCUCGACGCUAUAAGAUCCUUUAACCUUUCCUGGUAAGUUUUAUACCGCAAUCCAUGAACCAGUUUAGUAGCCCUUCCAUUCGGCCUAAGCACUGUUCCUAGAAGGGGUAGGAGGAGGCGUCUCUCUUUUAUUGUUUUAAUUCGGUGCUCCUGUCCAGUUUGGAAGGGGGCUUAGCUAUACCCAUCUGUAGUGCUGCCAUGGCAUACAUCCGGGAAAAGAAAAUAGUGAGUAUUAAGUAAAUUUUCUAUUGUUUACUGCAAAAAUUCCGAAGGUAAUGAUUAUACUCACUGGAACAAAUACAGUAAGCUGUAGUUGUUCUGGUGACUAUUGUGUCCGUUUCGAGUUAUUUCUUAAUCUCCAGAUCUAUUCCAUUGAUGAGGUAUGCCCGUUUUUUUUUUAUGUGCACUUGUUUAAAUGUCACUAUUUUUGUAUAGCGUUUUUUAAAGUGCAAUUUACAUAGUUAUUCACUUAACUCAAUUAUUCACUAACAUUACGCUACAGUAGCCAUGUUGUAAUUAUAGUGGAGUUGGUGAGGUUUUCUUCUUUUGUUGUUGUUGUUGAAACCAUUUGUUUUUACCUAGAUUUGCAGUUCAGAUUUAAUUCAUUAAAAAUUCGAAGUUUAGUAAAAACCCUGUAUAGAGUGUGGCCGUCUCCAAUUCCAUGGAUAGAGUGUGGCCAUCUCCAAUUCCAUGGAUAGAGCGUGGCCGUCUCCAUUUCCCUGGAUAGAGCGUGGCCGUCUCCGUUUCCCUGGAUAGAGCGUGGCCGUCUCCGUUUCCCUGGAUAGAGCGUGGCCGUCUCCGUUUCCCUGGAUAGAGCGUGGCCGUCUCCGUUUCCCUGGAUAGAGCGUGGCCGUCUCCGUUUCCCUGGAUAGAGCGUGGCCGGCCUGGAUAGAGCGUGGCCGUCUCCGUUUCCCUGGAUAGAGCGUGGCCGUCUCCGUUUCCCUGGAUAGAGCGUGGCCGUCUCCGUUUCCCUGGAUAGAGCGUGGCUGUCUCUAUUUCCAUGUAUUGAAUCCUAUUCCAAUACAAGUCCCUCUAGUUAUUUUUAGCCUACAUUCUGGUAACCGAAUUCACACUUUAGUGAAUAGCACUGUGCGGUUAUCGCGUGUUAUGCACGGGAAGUAAGUGGCUGGCGAUUGGGCGGGCUGGCUGGCUGUGGCAGACCGUGCAGCAAUCUGGGCGGUAUGUUUGGUUGCCAUGGCGAUAGUCGUUCACACGGUCGCGCUCUGCCCGCGGCGGGCCAUUGCUGAUGACGUCACGCGCCCCGCGCUGUGGUUGGCUGUCUGUGGAGACGCUCCGUUCAGUGGUCGCGGGUAAAGUUUUGGCGCCUUCCUGGUGACCAAGGAUCUGACGGAGGAACGCGCUGGGAAUUCUAGUCGGAUUAAACCCGCGGGCUCCGGGCCUUCAGGUCGGUCAGCUAGUCACGUGUCCGGGGUGGGUGUGCCAGCUGUCAGGACAUGUUCAGACAGAGCCUGCUUUAUCUCCCAUGUGAACACCCUGUGAGGACACCCGGCUGGCUGUGAGUGGUGUGAGAUAAUACACUGCUCCUAAAUACCAGGAGUUACAGUUAUUUCAUCUCAGCCUCUCCACAUCGAACAUGUUCCUGGUAAGGUCACUACAUGGCCCUCCCCAUUUGCCCUCUUCCCCCCCAUUUUGCCCCAUUUUCCCCCCAUUUAUGAGGUAUCCAAAGUAUAAGCAUCUAUGCCCAUUGCAUAGUUUUAAAAAAAAAUCCUGCAUUCCUUUUGAAUUGGUUUUGACUGUUGCAUAAACAUCUGACUGUAUUGGAAUAGAAAGAAAUACUAUAGUGUUAGGAAUACAAAACUGUAUACAUAACCCUACAGUGUCCCUCUGCCCAUCUCACGCUGAUAAAGGGAUUGAAACAAUUUUUAUGCUGCUUGAUUCCAGCACCGAGGUCCCACCGUGCUGGGUCGUGCUCCUUCUCCACCAACAUGCUGCAGAGCAUUAGGUCUCCUUUUGACGCAGUGCUUUCUGAGGUGGAUUUUAAAGACACUGAACGUACUCAUGCUAAGCGUGAGUCGUUUCAUGGAGUCAAACUUUGUGAAACAGCAGGAAGGGCUUCUGAGAAAGCCACUAGUGGCAGUUUUAGCACUGCAUUGUAAAACAUUGCAAUUUCUCUGAAACUGCAAUGUUUUAGAUUGCAUGGCUAAGGGGGACAGGGACAAUGCACCGAGACCACUUAGAUGAGAGAGUGGUCUUGAUGCCUCUAGUGCCCUUUUUUAAUUUAAAUUCCUCUGCACUCAUAAUAUAUGGGAAAAACUAAAGACUACUACUUACCGUUGUGAUGCAUCUUUUCUUGCAAUGUGUGGUAGGUGCAUAUGUUGUGCUAGGUGAUGAAAAGAAAUUGUGACAUUGAACACUGCAAAUAUUUUGAGAUUUGGAAUUUUGCCUGGAAAGGUGAGAAUUAUUUGCCUGAACCUGUCCCUCACGUGUGCUUCCAUUUUCAUUUCUGGCCUCGCCUCUUCUACUGUCAGAAGCUGGCGUCACUGCUUUAUACAGCUUUGAGGUUUGUGGAGGAUCCCUCAAGACCAUGAGUAAUAUCUCUGGGAGAUUGACACUUCUAGAUGGAGGUAGCUCCACCAGUGUCUAGAAAUGUAAUGGUUAGGAAAUAUACUGAGACAAAGUCCCUAUUUUGUUUCAGUAUAGUGGAAUCCCAUGAAAUAAGUCAAUAUGUGUAUUUUAUAAAAGUUUUGUGACUCUCUUUUUAAGCAAAAUUUGAACGUGAAACCAGUAAAAUGCUAAAUGCAGUUAUUGGAAUUCUAAUGGCAUGUACAAGAUAUACUGAAUAACAGUAACAUUUGUUUUUCUAUGAUCUUUUUAGUUUUGGCCCCACUGAAAAUGUGACUCCUUUGUUGGCCUGUUGCACCUUUGGAUUACAGUGGAUGAGAAGAACUGUUUACGUUUCUUCGUUAGAAUGCCACGAAAAGAGAACCCUCCUUUGACAUGGUCAGAAUGUGUGUGCACAAUCUGCCAGGAAAUCCUCCUGGAGCCAGUAACUCUGCCAUGCAAUCACACCCUGUGCAACCCUUGUUUCCAGUUAACAGUGGAAAAAGCAAGCCUGUCUUGCCCUUUUUGCAGAAAACGUGUUUCAACUUGGGCUCGUUACCAUGCUCGUUCUGGAACAUUGGUCAACAAAAGUCUGUGGUUGAGAAUUCAGAGUCAGUAUCCAGAGGAGUGCAAACUUCGUGCUUCUGGUCAGGAGAUUGAAGACAUGGAAGAUGGUAAGCUUGUUUAGACACCCAUUUGAUCACUGUUAUAACUGGUUUCUAUACUAAAGUAGGCUUUUUUUUUUUUUUUUUUAUGCAUAAGGAUUUACAGUUGUCUGGUGUGCUAUAUUUGUGUUGUUUUUUUUUAAAAAAUAUUCCUGAUCACUUUAUAAAGAUAUGAAAGAAUUGUGUAUAGUUCAUCCUUUGUUACUUUUGAUUUCUUAGAAUCUGUGACCUUUCCUUCUCGGCUCUUAUGCAAACCAGGAGAAAUCAGGCAAGAGUAUGAAGCAGAGAUCAGCAAGGUGGGAACUUACGUUGUAUGAAACAUGCAUUAACAUGCCUCAAAUAUAAGCGUGUAUGGGUUCAUAGGUCUAGUAAGGCCACCAUAGGCAAGUACCUUGUGGGGGGAAUAAAGAAAUAGUCCAUAUUUCUUUCUCUUCUCUCUGUCCCAUUUUUGUUCCCCUCCUUGCCUCGUACCAUUCGUGAGUGGCCAGCCAGGAUGCAGACUGUGCAUCAUUUCCCUCACAGCCCAGUCUCUGUGUGUGGAAGUCCAGGUCUAUGAUAUAACAUAUAUUCCUGCCCCCUUUCAUACACUGCAUUCACACAAGUAGUUGUUUCCUACAGGUGGUAUGUUUCCUGGCAGAAGAUAUGUAGCUGAAAGGCAGUGCACAAUGCUACUGGCAGCUCUCUAAUACUGUGUCAUCCGAGGACAAGCUUUUGCUGCACCACUGUAUUGGUUUUUCAAUUCGCUUUUAGUAGCUUCCAUGAUUUUAAAAAAAAAUAUAUUUUUUUUUAAUUUAUUUUUUUUAGCAUUCUAUAAGAAAAAGCUAAUUUGAAAUUACUGUAGAUGAAUGCUUUUCCCUUGUGUGAAUGUUGAAAUUGUUCAUCUGUAUGUUUUUAAUGCAUUUAUCUCACUGUAUCACAGUGAAGGCUUAGUUUAGGACACAGCUAAAGUGAAUACACCCUAGAUUUAUAAAAAAAAAAAUAAAAAAAUGGAGCAGUGAAGUUGUUCGAUUGUUUAAUUUAAAUUGGCUUCUUUUAAUUCUAUCUGCAACCACGUGACUUCAUCAGAUCGAAGCUGAGCGUCUGGCCAAGGAAGAAGCAGAGAGGAAAGCAAGUGAAGAGUACAUUCAAAAGCUGCUAGAAGAGGAACAAGAGGAGCAGAGACAUCAAACAGAAGCCAGUCGCAGGGAAAUGGAGGAGCAGUUAAGACAAGAUGAGGAGCUAGCUCGAUCACUAAGUAACGAUCUAGUAAGUUAAGAAUUCCUUUUUCUAUGCUUACAUUACAUAAGCCUAUGCCCUGGAAUCAAUCAAGUGGACUACCCACCAAAGUCUCCUGUAGGAAAAUAUUGAGAGAUUAGAAAAUUAAUAAGGUGGCUUUUACAUUAAAACAGAAUUCUAUAUUUCUUUAAAAGUAAAAUUAUAUCAUCAGAUUGGUGAAAAAAUUGAAAGUUGUUUUAGCAUACAAAUUUUUGUAUUACAAGCACGUUUUCUAUCACAUACCCUGCUGUAUAAUCCCUAGUCAUGCUAAUCAAAACAUAAACCAAACUGUUUAUUACUAGAGAUGUCGCGAACCGUCCGCGAACUUCCCACCAAUCUCCGGUCUGGGAGGGAGGGUCUGCUGGAGAUUGGCCGGGAUGUGUCAGCUGACCGGAGUUCGCCACGAACCGUUCGCGGACGGUUCGCGACAUCUCUAUUUAUUACUGGAGUUAUAUAUAAGCUUACUUGCUUUGUGAUUACGCACUUAAGCGUUCACAAAUGGUCAAUUAUGCAAUUACAGAAAGAACCUAUACCAUUAGCAUGUCAGAGGGCUCCAACCAAAUGGGGAAGUUCAGAACCAAAAUUACAUUCAAACCCGCUAUACCUAAUACAUACAACAAACCCACAUGAUCUUUUCAGCCUUGCUAAUGAAUUGCAGCUGGUACCACAGUAGGUAAAGUGAGCAAGAAAUCCAAUUACACAUUUAACCCCUUAACGACCUAGGAUGGUUUAGGACCGUCAUCUGCAUUUUUGCGUUGCCGACCGCUGACAGUCCUGAAUCGUCCUAACGGUGUAAUGUACUUACCCGAUCGCCGUCGUUCCACAGGCGACGAUCGGUGGUGCUCCCGGUGUGGGGAGACUGCCUGCAGCCCAGACAUGGCGGAUUAGGACCCCUGUGGCCAUGUGAUCGCUUAACAGAGCGAUCACAUGGUCACAAUAGGUGUCCAUGUGUCUGCCUGCAGGGGGACUGUCUGUGCUGACAGGCAGUCUCCCUGCUAGUGUAAAAUCAUUAAAAAAAACUGUUAAUGUUAAUAAAUAAAAUAAUUGUGAUAGACAUUAUAUCUAUAUAAUAUGUCUAUAUAUCAUAUAUAAUGUCAUACUAAGUGUAUUUUUAUAUUAAUAUGUACAUCUUUUAAUAUAAAAAUACACUUAUAAUUAAAUUAGACACGUGUGUAUACAUAGUAACUAUAUAUAGUGUAUUAUAAAAUACAAAUAAGUAAAUUAAAUAAAAACAUGUAAAAAUAAUAAAAAUGUAAAUUAUAUCUAUAUGAAAUGUUAUUCUAACUGUAUUUUGAUAUUAAUAUAUUUAUAUCAAAAUACACUUAGAAAUUGUAUAUAUUUAUAUAAAUAAAUAAAAAUAACACGAAAUAUACAUGUCAUACAAAAUUACAUAAACAAUUAUAUAAAUAUACACGUAGAUGUCAGAUAUAUAAAUAUACAUAUAUAUUUAAAUUCUACGUGCGUAUUUAUGUAAUAUUUUUACAUAAUUAAGUAAUUUUAUGGAUUGCAAUUUGAGGGACCUGCCUGCCAACGCAGGUCGAAAGUCCAGAGAAUUUAAAUUUCUAUGAAACCUUAAAACUUGAUCACUUUUUUUUUUGCAUCUUUUACUGAUGAUAUUGUUGUGAUAGUUUUCCUGUUUUGAAACACUAAUAUUUGUGUUCAGCAAAAUCUCCCGAGUAUAACAGUACCUCCCAUGUACAGGUUUUAUAGCUUUUUUGAAAGUUACAGGGUCCGAUAUAUGGGUCAAAUAUUUUUACAUUGAAAAUGGCCAGGUUGGUUACGUUGCCUUUGAGAGCGGAUGGUAGCCCAGGAAUGAGAAUUACCCCCAUGAUGGCAUACCAUUUGCAAAAGAAGACAACCCAAGGUAUUGCAAAUGGGGUAUGUCCAGUCUUUUUUAGUAGCCACUUAGUCACAAACACUGGCCAAAAUUAGCAUUCAAUUUAGUUUUUAACUUUUUUCACACACAAAUAUCAACGCUAAUUUUGGCCAGUGUUUGCGACUAAGUGGCUUCUAAAAAAGACUGGACAUACCCCAUAUUGAAUACCCUGGGUUGUCUACUUUAAAAAAAUAUAUGUACAUGUGGGGUGUUAAUCAGAGAUUUAUGACCGAUAAUAGUUUUCAUUCGCUUUUGUAGAUGAGUAAAAGUUUUCAAGUAAAAAAAAUGUAUUUUUUUCUCCAGUUUUUCAUCAUAUGUUUUUAUUUUUAUUUUUUAAAUUAAAUUACAUGAGAUUAUAUAAAUAAUGGUAUGUAAAGAAAGCCCUUUUUGUCCUGAAAAAAAUAUAUAAUUUGUAUAGGAACAGUAAAUAAGAGAGCGGAAAAUUACAGCUAAACAAAAACACCACAAAAGUGUAAAAUGAUACCUGGUCGCAACUGUACAACAUCGCAAAAACAGUCCAGUCCUUAAGGGGUUAAGAUUUAAAGUGUUAUUCACUAAACUCCAAAUCUAGUCCCAAAGUACAGAAUUUGGUGAAAAUAGCCUAAUUCCUAUCGGAAAGGCAAUUCUUGUAUUUUAUCUAUCUAUCUAUUCCUGUUAGAAUUUGGUUAGCCUGGCCGAAUUUGCACCAAUCGCCUGGAUGCAUUCAGUCUCUGGAUUAAAAUACCUGCUUUUUGCAUUCAAACACUAUACAAAGUACAAGAUCCAGAAUAUUUACAAAGAACCACUCUAAAAAAUCUGGAUCAAGUUAAUGUGGUAAAAUGCACAUGCAUGAAUUAUCGUUCAAUAGAUAGUAGUCAGCGGACAAAUAGGUUAAAAAAAAAAAAAACACUUUAAAGAUACUUAAUAGAAACAUAGAAUGUGACAGCAGAUAAGAACCGUUUGGCCCAUCUAGUCUGCCCAGUUUCCUAAAUAGAGAACAGAGUGGAUAGGGCAAGCCAGAUAUAGGAUUGGUACACAUAUAAAGGGGGUAACCCUAAAUGGAAACUAUAUAAAUAUGUUGAGAAAAAGUAGUGUACCAAGGAAGGGGCUGGGAUAAGUAUCAAAUACAGAAGAAAACUUAAUAGACAAGGAAAAAAUAUCAUAUAUAUAGAAAAUAAGAACUUUAUUAUUGGGGGUAAAAAAACUAUUAAAAUUGCCCAUAGGCAAAUCCAGUGGUGCUUGUGUACUGUGAAAAAAAUCUAAAUGAUAGAUAAAGAAUAGGUAUACGACAGGUCAAAAUAAAGUCACCACUUAGUAUGAUUGCUCUAUACGUGGCAUUAAUAAACUAACUUUUGCGGGAUCAAGGUAAAGCGUGUUGCCAACAUAGAGGCUAUAAAUCUAUGCACAUGUCUGUGCCAAGAUUAUUUACAAAAAUAUCUUGGUGGGGUGAUACAAAAGGGAAUAGCCCUUCAUACCAGGAUCGGCACCAAAUGGAUAUUCUAGCGUUGCGUGUAGCAGAGUAAAAUCCAGCUAAAUAAUAACAGUAAGUAUAACUCCCAUCAAUAGCAAACAAAAGUAUCAAGGCAAAGCUCCCUGCCUAUAACUGUUAAAAGUGUAUAAACAGUUAAAAUAGACACUGGAGCGUGCUGUAUAAUAAGGUAAUGAUACUGACAUAGAAUCAAACUCUCAUCAAUGGCAGGCGUUGGCAUAAGGAUGAGACUAGCUGCCAAUUACUAUGAGGAAAUUGGAACCAGAAAUGUUUAAAUAGAAGAUAGUAAUGAGUGGUAAUAAAAUAAGCCUUCUAAUGAUAUAUGUUGAAGGAUAGUUAGACCAUAAUGAUAAGUCUAACAGGCUUUCGAGGGCACCUAUGGCUGUAAUAGUGCUGAGUGCAGAGGGAGGAUACCGGAGCUGUGGAUGUUAAAUUGCUUUGCAAGGUAGUGUACUGGUGUUCUAUCAGUCUGGUAUACUCCGUCAGAUUGCUAUACCCACGUCACUUCCGGGGAGGGGAAUCAGCUGUCUCCUGUGCUGCACAUGCGUGCUAGCACUCCUGCUACUCCUCCACAGCAAGGUCCUGGAAGGUAAGUAAAACUAGUUUUACACUUUCAUUAUAGUUAGUGCAUUCACUAAGCUUAGGCACAAGCUUACCUUGCACUAAGAUAGUAGCCUUGCUAACUUCUCCCCUACCCGUGCCUUCGAGGGCACCUAGAUCCAUUCCCAUUCUAUGCUAUUUACACAUGAUACCUCGCCAAGCUAAGUGGCUAGAGCAUGCUAGAAAGCCAAGUGGCUAAUAAAAUUUUUUAAAAAAAUUAAACAUAGUGAUAAGUCUGUGUGCUGUCAUAUGGUAACUGAAGACUGCACUAAAUGGAUCCCUAAGCACAAGCAUAAUAGUGAAAUUCCACUUUAUUGGUGUAUAGGAAUCUAUCCAACCCUUGAGAGCAAUGAGGGGUUGAAAGUGAUGGCAGUACAAUUUAAAGUCCCAUUUCCUUUUCGUUAUAAUAAUAAAUAAAUGUUAAACUGAUAUGCUGUAUGUACUUUGCAGGAGCUUUAAUACUCUGUGUAUAUAAUUGUGUGUGCACCUCAUGAACAGAACAUUUUUUUUCUCCUCUAGAAUGCAUCCAGUACCUCUUCUGUUGUGUGUCUAGAGGGGUCACCUGUAGUUCACAAGAAGGCAAAACCUUCCAAAUCCUGCAGAAAUUCAAAAGUGAAGCAGGGUCAGUCAGCAGACAUUGAAAGGUGUGUAAGUACUGGUAACCUUACUUAGGCAUAGAUCAAAUGUUAACAGGCCAUGAUAACUGGCUGAAGACUGCUUUCUAAUGCUUAGUGACUCACACACAGUCAUGUGCGAAACAGGUUAUUGAAUGGCUGGGUUAAAGAAUGCUCAUGCACUAGGAUUACCUAAUGCUUGUCAAUGCAGUUCCCAUAUUGUUCUGAGAUGAGGAAUGAAAAUGACUGAAAGGGGAUUUGGUGGUUGUAAAUCGAAAAUACUUCCUGUCAAUGAGACUUUAAAAUGUAAAGAUUGGUGUUUGCCUAUAGUUAAGCUAUCUUUAAAGGUACACCCUGGGCACUAAAACUACUUUAUUGCGAUUUUGAUAAAUAUUUUUGCAUACUCAAAUAUGGAUAGUUUUUUCAAGAAUAAAAUGUAUUUUGUAGCUUUCUGCACUACAAGAAUGCAUACUACGAGGGCUCCUCUUGUAUCAUGCAUCCUGCCUUGACCUGUACCUAUGCAGCUCUGCCACUAAAAACACUGCAUACUGAACUCCGCUGCAGGAAAACCAGAAGUCAGCAUGACAGAGGGCACACAUGCAGUAGGCAUAGCUAUCCAUAUCUGUAUACCACCCUUUGUCUUUCCUUUCUGAGUUUAUGCUUACUAGUGCUGCUUUAGUACUCAUGAGUAAGAUUUUUUUUUUUUUAUUAAACCCUAUCCCUCUAAGUCUCCCCUCCCAUUAUUUGCGAGUUAAGGAGAGGUGAGGCACAGCAUUCAGAGCUGAACAUUCUGGUGGGCUUCCAGCACUAAUACGGGAGAGGGGAUAAUAUAAUCCAUAUUGAGCAGGGGUCUGUGAUCCCUGUCGUUGGAGAGUCUGAUAGAACAAUGAAUAGCUCUUAGAAACCUGGCACACCGCAUGCAAAACUAAUUUUAUAGAAUUAAAACUACAUUAUUCUACUCCUAAGUAUAAGUGCUUUAAGUGAAUCACAUUUAUUUUAUCCAUUUUAGGUUUCUGUCACCAAAGCAUAUGAGAGAUGAAGUUAAGAAUGCUGAUCCUCCGGUAAUAUGAAAUAUUCUUUUAUGUGCCUUUUUUAUUUUUUGGUUUAUUUGAAUUUUCCAGGUACAAUAUAGUAGUAACCCACGUAGAACAAAUAGAUCAUAUUAGAACACGUUUUUUUAUUGAUAUUUUCAGUAAAUACAUCAAUGUUGACUGUUAAUGAUGUAUUGCUUUAAAUGAUUUCCUUUUUAAAAUCAUAUUAGUUGCCUUAUUUCAAAUGUAGCAAAAUUAAAUUAAUGGUUGUGAACACAGGUCUCCUACAGUGCCUGCUGGAGGAUCUGCAGGUGAGCUUGUAGGCAAAUAAAAUUGAUUAUCUGGUUUACAGUACAUACAUUAAAGGGACACUAUAGUUAACAAAACAACUUUAGCUUAAUGAAGCAGUUUUAGUGUAUAGAUCAUCCCUCUGAAGUUUCACUGCUCAAUUAACUGCCAUUUAGGAGUUAGAUCACUUUGUUUCUGUUUAUGCAACUCUAACCACACCUCCCUUGGCUGUUACUCACAACCUGCAUGAAAACAAAAUGGUUUCAUGUUCAAACAGAUGAAACUUAAAAAAGUUGAUCUCUUGCUCUGUAAAUUGAAUUUUAAUUGCAUACAGGAGACUCCUGCAGGGUCUAGCAAGCUAUUAACAGAGCAGGCAAUAAGAAAUUCUCAAUUAAACAGAAUUUGCAAUAAAGGAAAUGUAAACAUUUAGAGGACUCCUUACAGUAAGUGUUUAAGAAGGGUGUGUAAGUCAUAUGCACGGAGGUGUGUCCAGGGCUGUAAAAACAAAGUAAUUUAAUUUCAAAAUGGCAGAAAAUUGAGCAGUGAGACUGCAGUGGCAUGAUCUAUACAUCAAAACUGCCUCAUUAAGCUAAAGUUAUUUUGGUGACUAGUCUCCCUCUAAUAGUAGUGGAUUUUUAGUAUCAAUGUUUCUUAAACCAUUUUAAUAUUGAGAAUAGUGAUGUCCCGAACGGUUCGCCGCGGACUCAUUAUUGAGUAAACUUUGACCCUGUACCUCACAGUCAGCAGACACAUUCCAGCCAAUCAGCAGCAGACCCUCCCACCUCCUGGACAGCUCACUAAGAAUGCAGCUUCACAAUGGAUGCUGUCCAGGAGGUGGGAGGGUCUGCUGCUGAUUGGCUGGAAUGUGUCUGCUGACUGUGAGGUACAGGGUCAAAGUUUACUCAAUGAUGAGUCUGCGGCGAACCGUUCGGGACAUCACUAAUUGAGAAAACUAUUUAUUUUUUUGAGUAACUUUGCAUUAUUUAUUUUUUUCCCCAACAGAUCAUCAGCCCUUACAUUGAAAGGAGCAUAACUGUAUUUGACGAGGAUGCAAAUGAAAUGCCUACGCUCUCACCUCAAGUUACCUUGCCUGCCCAGAAGCACUUGUAUCAGGCUCAUACUGAAGAGCAAGUGCUUGAUUUAGAGGUAUCCUCUAUAUUGGAACAUCACAAUGAAAGCCAACAAACUAGUGAAGUUAUCAAAAAUCUGUGCCUUGAUGAAUUAUAUACUCCCUGUGCAAGAGUAAUUGGGGAUAAUAUCAGACAAAGGUUAGGAAGUUCAAACUCUGAAACUGUAGAUUUCUGUCCAACUUCUGUUUCAAAGUCUGAUGAGAGCAACACGACACACAGCUUUUCUGGAUGGAACUCUACCACCAGCACACCAAAACAGCAGCUUAAAAAAAGAAAGUGUGAUGAAUGUGCUAUUGAUCCAUCUGAACACCUGGAGGACUGUGGGAAAGGCAAGCGUAAGAGAAUGCCCGACAUUGGGAGCUACACAGAUACUGGUUGCCAUGUACUGGAACGAGAUGAGAAGCUGUUUGAUUUGAGGCAGCAGGAGGAACAGGACAGGUUGCUAGCCCUACAGUUGCAAAAGGAACUGGACAAGGAAAUGAAGCAAGUGAUCAGGCACAAAGGUUCUCCUGAUGAGUACCACCUACGUCCCAAGCAAAGGAAUGAAAAGCAGGAAUACAAGGAAUCAACACAUCUUGAACCUGAACCAAAGACUAUAACCCAGCCAAAAUCUGGUAAAGGAAAAGGUGUGAGUAGCCCAGAUGAAAACAAAAAACCUCAGAGGGAAAUAUUGAUAUCACCAAAGGUUAAGGAAAAACAGGCUACUGAAAAAAUGAAAAUUCUAUGGCCACGCAACAAGCAGCAGACUAUACUUGAACUAUUUAAAAAGUCUGCAAGUAAAUAAAUUAACUUGCUAGCUGGUGUCAUGCCCUGUUUAGUAUUGUGGUUUGCAACUGAUACUGCUUCAUAAAUAAAUAUAUUAUAUUACUGUGUAAUGUCUUGAUCGCAUACCAUAUCAGUCACGGUAGUAAAUACUACAUGCAAUCAUAGCAGAGUAAGGCAGACCACUACUAAAUUGAAAGCUAUGGAGUUCAAAAGUAAUGAAGUGUGACUUCUUUCACAACUGCACCUAUGUGACUGAACAGUUGGGUUUCAAAAGUAUGUUCCGUUUUACACCAAAAAUGAUAUUGUUUGCCGGCAGAAUGCUUAAUCCUUAAACUGUUGGCACUAAACAAGGCCUUUGCAUGGUUUAGGGUUUUUUUUGGUUGUUGUUUUCCAUUAUGAGGUUGAAAGUUGGGCAUAUUAUUGGCUUAUAUUAAACUUGCAGAACAAUAACACUGCUACUUUAUUCACUUUAAUAGUAGUAAAGUGGGCCUUUUUGCAAACUGGGCAGUGGGGAGUCAACCUGCACAUAAUUGAGCCAAAGUAAUAAACCGAAAAUACAUCUGCAGACGACACUGCAAAAAUAAUAAAUCAUUAAAUGCUAGUUUUACAGUUUUUAUAAAGAUUAUUUAAUGCAAUAAUAUUCAGUGUCCUAUAGAAAGUAUCUGGAAGCAAUAUUCCAAAAACAUGUUAAUGCGCAGUGGGAGAAUACAUUUGCUCAAAUCGUUACAAAAUCAUAUUUGAUAGCAAAGGUCAAAAUACAGCACGCUUCGACAAAGUGUAAUGCCCAGGGAAUUAAACUCUGCAAACCACACAAAUAUACGUACAGUGGUAAGAUCCCGACAUUGGUAUUUGUAUACUCUGUCUCUUGAAUCUACGUGAGAAAGUGCAUGAGCUAAUGCCGGUCUAGAUGGAGCUAUUGUGUAUGAAUCCAAAAGUAGCAUUAAAAAUGUGAGGCAUGUACCUUUAGAUUAUGGCUUUAAAUAAAGUGUAAAACUGGAAAUUUGUAUUUUAUAUUAACUUGUAUAUAGAACGCCUCCUGCUGAUGUGUUUUUGGCUCACUACUGUAUAUGAAUAUAAUAUAAGAAUAAAUCAAUUCAUUUAGUAACAGUAGGAAUAGGAUUUUAAAGUAACACUAUAAUGUCAGAAAUACAAAUGUGUAUUCCUAACCCAUAGUGUUAAAAAAAUGCAGUUUAGGCCCCUGAGCCCCUCCUUGGCUGACAUCAGAAUUUAUGAUUUCGGCCAGGACGUGUCGAUGGGGCAGAGCCACAUGCUGCGCUAGCCGAUUAGCAUCUUCUCAUAGUGAUGCAUUGAAUCCAUGCAUAUCUAUGGGGAAAGAUCGGUGUCUCCAUGCAGAGCGUGGAGACACUGAACAUAAGUGCUGCACAACCCAGGAAGCGCCUCUAGUGGCCAUCUGCGUGACUACCACCUGAAGAGUCCAUAGGCAGCAUUUUAAACACUGCCAGUUUACAGCAAAGAGCCUGCAGGGACUGAAUAGUCUCACCAGAACAACUAUGUUAAGCUGUAGUUGUUCUGGUGACUAGUGUUUUAAGGUUUUAGUGGCCUCCUAAUUUUCUUACCAUAAUAAAUAUGUAUUUUAAAUACAUAAGCAUUAUAGAGAUUAUUGCAUUAUAGUAUUAUAAAAAAAAAUAUAUAAAGCUGGCAUUUUAUGAUUUUCUUUUUUUGCACUGCCUUUUGCAGGUAUGUUUUUGGAUUACUGCUUUAAAUGCAUACGAAAUAAGAUUAAAUCCUUUAAUUCGUUAAAAUAAGAAUUUCUUCUUCAAAAAUUGUAGUUCAUAUGUUUUUAUGAAAGCACUUGUUCACUGUUGACUUUUUUUUUGGUAUUCCUUUCUCUGCUAAACCUUUUGGGAUUUAAAAAUAGAUAUAGUAUUCAAUUCCUUUCUUCUGAUUUGAAGGGUUCUGUUGAUUUUAGCGAACACUACCAUGAUAGUCAUGGCAAACCUUGUCACCCCUGGUUGUGUUAAGCUACAUUUUCCACGAUCCUUGGCGUUCAUUUGGUGGGGAUCAUGUGGAUCAGCCACACAUGGGAUGCCGAUAUUGUCAAUCACUAGACUCAUGCAAUGAAGACCCCCCAUCGACAACAUUGUGUCCAUGAGAGAGAGAGAGAAAAAAAAAAAGAUUGCCAAGAACGAAUUACAUUUCUCUGAAACACUGUAUGUAUUAAAAGUACAUUUUAAUUAAAGAUUCUGUCAUACAAAUGCAGUCAGCCAUUUAUUUGAAUCUGUUUUAACUUGGUUCUGACACUUGGGCAUGUUUUGUCACACAAAUUCAAUAAAAGCUUGUUGC